CUCUGUGUAAAUAACAUAGUCUCCUCAAGUCAAUCCAAUCAAAAAUCGGCUAGUUUAUUUUCUUUGCAAGCAUCUCCUAAGGGAUCAUCAAUCAAAUGGAAUCAUCAAACAUCAAAAAAAGUUCUUCAACAACAACUGCUAUAUCAAGCCUCAAAAAGAAGUUUAGAUUGAGAACUGGUGGUGUUGAAGGUGUCAAAACAAAACGUAUUGGAGAGAAAAUGAUUCGAAUGAUUGGAUAUGUUAAUGUAUCAAUUGAUAUUCGAAAUGAUAAAAAAGAUACAGUUAUUGAUAUUCCGUUUGUUGAUGAUCAAACUUUGGGAAGAGUUCUCGGUUGGUGCAAACGCCACAGUAAUGAUGAGCCUUUGCAAGAUCAUGAAUUAGUCAAACUUCGAAAUAAGCCAGUUCCGGAAUGGGAUAAGAAUUUUCUGGGUUAUUUGUCAAAUUCGGAGCUUUUUGCACUCACAAUCGCUGCCGAUUUUUUGGACGUUCCUGGACUCUUGGAUGUUUGUUGUAAAACAAUUGCUGGAAUGCUUUCGGGAAUAUCGGCUGAAAAUAUUCGUGAGAAGUUUGGUAUUGUGGAUGACUUGACUGCUGAUGAGAAGGCUGAGGUAAUUUUUUAAAAUUACAAAUGUUUGGCAUAUGAUAUUGUGAUUAUAGCUACAGGUUGCCAUUUUCGA